AUGUCUCUUCCCACGUCAAUUUCUGGAAGGCAUGUCGAUGCAAGAGAGUCCAAUGAAGAGAGAGGCCUGCUCGCAGAGGCUGUUGAUCGUCGACAGAAGGCCAUGAAUUAUGACCUUAACCCAAAGGCACACCCAAGAAAGUACUGGCCAUAUCGGGUCUUCAAGAUGCCACUCCGCCAGUACGUAUCUUGCGGAUCCAAGAGCAACCACAAAUCAAUGGAAAUUACGCUCUUGUUGCGGUCACAUAAAAAAGUGAAAACAUGGAGCGAGGGUGUCGGAACGCUCAACCGAGUUGACUAUGUCCUCAACAUGCUGGGAUCCUUUCCAUCAACGGCAGCUUGGAUGAGACAGCGUGGAGGGCGCCUCCGAAUCACCCAUUAG